GUCCAAACUAGUGUUCUCUCUCUCUCUCUGCUUCCCAACUCCCCGCGUGUCGUCUCUUCGUUUGCUAUUUCUGUUAGACUCAUUCUCUCUCCCUCUCUCAUGAAUCCAAACUAACUGCAAACAUUCUUUAGGGUUUUUGUCCCCUCUUUCCCAUGAUCCAAACUCAAUAACACUGACAACCUCAAUUCCUCAGAAUAUUGAGUAAAACCCCAUCAUGGGUGUUUCGUUUAAGGUCUCAAAGAACGGUACCAGGUUCCGUCCCAAGCCUCCUCUCCCCUCCGAGACCAACGUUGUUGCCGAUGACGUGUCCGAGAUCAAUGCCUCCUCCAAUUCUCGGAAGCUCCAGGUUGAAAGAAAGGAGAAUGUGGCUGGUAUGUCUGGUUCUUCAGAGUCCUCUGAAGUGCUGCUCGUAUCUGCAGAGACUGAGGCUUCCUUCACGUUAAAUCUCUUCCCAGAUGGAUAUUCAAUUGGAAAACCGUCUGAGAAUGAGAAUGCUCAUCAAGAUGUUCCGAAGCUGCUGCACCCAUAUGAUAGGACAUCAGAAACUCUCUUCUCGGCAAUUGAAUCUGGUCGGUUGCCUGGAGAUAUUUUAGAUGAUAUUCCUUGCAAGUACAUUGAUGGAACACUUGUGUGUGAGGUUCGAGAUUAUCGUAAAUGUGCUUUUGAACAAGGGGCCGCCAGUCCGCCUACUGACGGAUCCCUUAUCGUAAAUAAGGUCCGCCUCAGAAUGUCACUGGAAAAUGUAGUGAAGGAUAUCCCCCUGAUCUCGGAUAAUUCUUGGAGUUAUGGUGAUCUGAUGGAAGUAGAGUCUCGUAUAUUGAAAGCUUUGCAACCACAACUUCAUCUAGAUCCCACUCCCAAGUUGGAUAGACUAUGUAGGAAUCCAAGUCCCACAAAGCUUGAUUUGGCUUUGACCAGUAUACGGAGAAAGAGGUUGAGGCCGAUGCCAGAAGUUACUGUUACAUCUAACAGCAAGACACAUGGAAAGAAAGUUUGCAUAGAUAGAGUUCCAGAAAGUUCUAAUAGUAGGUUGGGAGAUUCAGGAAUCCUUGCAGGCAAUAUGACGCCACACCAAGGCCAUGAAAAUUUGAUCACUCAAAAUUUGAGCGCGAAUAACAUCGCCUUAAGAUCUAAAAAUUUUAUGCCUGAUGUUUCUGUUCCAGCACCACACCAAUCAAGGUAUCAAAUGGGGGUCGGGACUCCAAGAAAUAUGCAGGACCAUGGAUCAGGACCUGUUGUCAAUGUGUCAGCUUCCCCUGGUGGACAGGAGAUGAUGAUCUCGUAUGCUGACAAUGGUACCUCCAAUGCCUCUCAUCCUGGAAAGAGAGAGCAUCAAGAUGGGCCAAUGUCACCUUUAUCUUUCAAUAAGAGACCGAGGUCCUCAGCAGCUGGCCUUGAUGCAAUGCAACAUCAGCAAAUAGGGCCUAUAGACAGCUUCAAUGGAUCAGAUAUGAAUUGGAAGAAUCCAUUGUUGCAGCAUCCUAUUGCCAAAGGUAUCCAAUAUCCAAAUACAGGAACUCAGAAACUUUCCCCCCAGGUGUUUGAAGGGGCACUGAAUCAAGAUACAGGGACUAUGCCGUUCGCUGUAGGACAGUCAAACAUGAGAUUUGGUGCCAAGGAUGAGCAGUUUGAGACAGGUAAAGUAGAAGGGUCAGAGCUCAGUGGGAUUAAGAAUGAUAUGCAGAUGGUGGAAGGAGAAACAAGCCAUCUUGACCCGCAGCUAUCACGAUUUCCACAAAGAUUACCACAGCAUUCAUUCAUGAGAUCCAGUUAUUCUCAGGCACCCUGGAAUAACCUUGGUCAAAAUAUUGAGAAAGAUGCAAGAAAGGAUGACCAACUCUCCAAAAGAAAACCAGUGCAAAGUCCCCGGUUAUCUGCUGGGGCUACGGUUCAGUCUCCAUUAUCAUCAAAAUCAGCGGAGUUUUCUACUGGUUCUGUAGGACCCCACUUUGGAGUCGGAGCUAAUUCUGCCUUUGGGGCAUCACAGAAGGAAAAGGCAGCAAUGAGCUCAGUUACUGGUAUUGGAACUCCAUCUUUGACUUCCAGUGCUAAUGAAUCCAUGCAAAGGCAACACCAGGCUCAUGUUGCUGCAAAACGGAAAUCGAACUCCCUCCCUAAAACCUCAGCAAUGAGUGGUGUCGGAUCUCCGGCCAGUGUUAGUAAUAUAAGUAUGCCAUUAAAUGCGAAUAGUCCCUCUGUUGGAACUCCAUCUUCGGCUGACCAAAGCAUGCUUGAAAGAUUGUCAAAAAUUGAACAAGUGACCAUGAGGUAUCAACUCAACGGAAGAAAGAAUAAGGUUGAUAACUACUCUAGGAAGCCCAAUUCAUAUCCAGCUCAAAAUCUUAUGGCUUGUCUCUCAAAUGUUUCGAAUAAUGAAGAUUUUAAAGAUGAUUCAUGUAUGAGCCCUUUAUCGAAGUCGCUUGUUGGUGGCAGCAUGAAUAUCUGCAAGACCAGAAUUUUAAAUUUUGUGGAGCAAGUUCAAGGAACUGGUUUUUCUUAUGUUCCUAAGGCACGAACGAGGAUGAUCAUGUCAGAGAAGCCAAAUGAUGGUACUGUAGCAAUGUACCAUGGCGAAAUAGAGGAUAGUGAAUUUCUAGCUGCGGAGGAUUAUCUUCCUACAUUGCCCAAUACUCAUUUGGCUGAUUUGCUUGCAGCACAGUUCUGUUCACUGAUGGUACAUGAUGGGUAUAGUCUUAUGGAAGAUCAUAUCCAACCAAAGCCAACCCGCAUGUAUCUUCCCCCAGGCAAUAAUGGUGCUGGUUUGCCUCGUAAUAAUUCUGCAGUUGAAAUGCAACAAUAUGCAGACGCAGUUUCAGUUCAACCGUCUAAUGAUGUUGCCAAGCCAAUUAAUGCUGGUAAUGCAUCCCUUAAUCCAGCCCAAAAUCUUCUACCCACCACAAGGAUGCUGCCACCUGGGAACUCCCAGGCCUUGCAGAUGUCUCAAGGGCUCUUGUCGGGAACUUCCAUGCCACCGCGUCCACAACAGCUGGAUUCACAAUCAUCACUUCAGCAGCAGCAGCAACAUCAGCAACAUCAACAUCAGCAACAACAGCAGCAGCAGCAGCACCAACAACAACAACAACAACAACAACAACACCAACAACAACAACAGCAGCAACAAAUGCAACAACAGCAACCUCAGCAAAGCCAACACUCCUUUAUUCAACAACAGCAUCCCCAGCUCCAGAGAUCAAUGUUGCUUGCAGCUGGAAAUCCACUUUCACAAUUGAAUGCAAUUGGGCAGACGUCGAAUGUACAGUUAGGUAGCAUGGUAAAUAAGUUCCCAUUGCAAUAUCAGGUGUACCAGCAGCAGCAGCAGCAACAACAGCAGCAGCAGCAGCAACAACAACAACCGCAAAUGCAGAGGAAAAUAAUGAUGGGAGCGACUAUGGGUAUGGGGACCCUGGGAAAUAACAUGGUUGGGCUUUCUGGGCUUGGCAAUACCAUGGGCAUGGGAGCUGCAAGGGGGAUAGGAGGAGCUGGAAUGUCAGCACCUAUGACCCCUAUCUCUGGAAUGGGAAAUGUGGGUCAGAACCCAUUGAAUGCAAUAAACCAGAAUGCAAUAAACCAGCAACGAUUUCAAGCUCUCAUGGCAAACAAAAUGCGGAUGCAAAACCGAGGCAGCAUGUUAGGGGUCCCUCAAUCAAGCAUGGCUGGUAUGUCAGGAGCCAGACAGAUGCAUCCUGGAUCUGCUGCUGGUCUGUCAAUGCUGGGUCAGACUCUGAACCGAAAUAACAUGAUGCAACAAGCAGCAAUGGGGCCUAUGGGUCCACCAACACCAAAGUUGAUGGCAGGGAUGAAUAUUUACAUGAACUCACAGCAGCAACAGCAGCAGCAGCAACAACAGCAACAGCAGCAAAUGCAACAGCAGUUGCAACCGCAAUCAAUGCAAUUGCAGUUGCAACAACAGCAGCAAGUGCAGCAGCCUCAGCAGCAAGAUACGAAUUCACCGCUACAGGCCGUUCUUUCGCCACCACAGGUGAGCUCCCCCUCAACUAUGGGAAUUUCACAAAUGAACCAGCAAAUUCAGCAGCAGGCUAGCCCACAGCAAAUGACCCAAAGAACUCCGAUGAGUCCACAGCUGAGCUCAGGGGCUAUUCAUGCCAUGAGUGCCGGUAAUCCAGAGGCUUGUCCUGCAAGCCCACAGCUGAGCUCUCAAACGCAUGGCUCUGUUGGUAGCAUCGCAAAUUCUCCUAUGGACCUUCAAGCUGCAAACAACUCUACCGGUAAUGCGUAGUAAGAAAAGAAAAAAAGUAAAAGCUUGGGCACGGUCUCUGCGAGUUCAUGGUUCGGUUGUUGAUCUGUCAGAAGCUUCCCCUCAAUUCUGGAACUGGUAAAGCAAAGCAGUUAAAUUAUCAUGUAGAGCAAUUACACAUUUAACGUUUAUAUAGAUGUUGAACAAUGUCGGGCAGAAGUAGUAUGAUGGUACUCGCUGUCGCCUUUACGGGGAAGGUCAGUAGUUUUGUUGGGGUGUGUCAUUUAUGCUAGUGGAUGGGGAGAAAUAAGGUUCAUCUAUUGUGUAGUGCAAGUGUAAAUUCUAAGGAAUUGUUAAAUCUAAUAUCAGAUUCAUAAGUUUUGAUGCUAGUUCAAUUGAA